UUGAUUUAUUAAUUUAAAUUCAUGAAAUAGCCUACCUGUUUAGGUGCAUUUUGGAUUAUCCCAGUGUUUGGUAUGGGCUUUUAUUUGGCUCCCCGAAAGCAUGUUCAAUUGACACCCUGCGUCCUACCUGAAAGUAUAAUGGGCGAAGCCUUUAUCAGGGAACUUCUCUCUCUGUGCCUUCAACGGAUUGCUGUGGAGGAAAAUGCAAUGAACAACACUGAACUUGAGUUUAUUGAGGUAGUGAAUAACUAUGAUGCCACAAGGAAGAAAUGGCUACAUACAGAGCUGGAGUUGAAGAGGCACAAGGCGCUACUGUUGAAGUCCGACAUAGCCCAGGCUGCCCUGGAGGUCAAACUAAAACACUGUCGCAACCAGGUCGAUGUGGAGAUUAAGAAGCGCUAUAAGGCUGAGGCAGACUUUCAGUACCUGCAGCGGCAGAUGCAACUGAUGUGUGACAUACUGGUCCACGACAGCAAGUCCAAUGCGUGUCUGAAUGARGAGCAGAGAUCUCUGCUGGCCAACUUCAACCACAGGGGAGCCAACGUCACCCAGCACAAGAGCAAACGAUUAUCUGUCAUCGAUGAGUCUUCAUUCCUGUCUCACUCUGAUAUUAGUUAUGAUAGAACUGAUGAUGACAUGGACCUGGAUGUGACAGCUGUGAAACCACUUAAGUCGAGAGCAAGGGAAAAAAGGCGCUCCUCCAUGGGACCGACUGUAGGUGCGCACGCAGGGAAGAGGGGAAGAGUAGGUGGCCGAUCAGACGAUCUCCUUGAAAGAAGACCAAUMGAAAAGGAAGUUGAGACUACGAUUGUGACCGCGUCCGUCACAACCCCAGAGAGCGGAGGUCAAAUUCACAUGGUGAUCGACAUCACCCAGGAAACACCUGAGAAACCACCCAGGACUUACCUGAAGGAGCACCAGAUUUCAUCUGUUGGCGAGCAAACGUCCGUGUGGACUCCCAAUGAUGAAACCGCUGUUGAUCAUGAAACUACCGUGGAGCCUGAAACUACCAUGGAGCCUGACACCAUGACAGAAAUGGAGUCCACCACAGAGCCUAGAUUUAACCAGGUGUUCACUCCCACUGUUAGCAAAACUUUGAGACACUACUUCCUGUCUAAAACGGUGAUUCGUCCAGAAACGUGUGUUCCAUGUGGGAAGAGGAUCCGGUUUGGGAAGAUGGCUGUGAAGUGCAGGGACUGCCGUGUGGUAGCMCAUCCCGAAUGUAAACCGAAGUGCCUGGAAAGCUGCUCUGCCUCAUGUGGAGCUCAUGGAUCUGAGGACACGUUAGAGAGCUUUGCCCCACCUACCCAGCCUAGGAUCCCUCAGAUUAUUGUUCAGUGCGUGAAUGAAAUUGAGAAAAGAGGAUUAGAGGAGAAAGGCAUCUACCGUGUUCCUGGGGGUGAGCGUAUGGUGAAGGCGCUGAGGGAGAGAUAUAUUAAUGGGAAAAGGCCGCUCAUGCUCAGUAGAGUGGGUGAGAUCCACGUUGUCUGUGGACUUCUCAAGGACUUCCUGAGGAAACUGAAGGAGCCUCUCAUCACCUUCAGGCUGCAUAGAACCUUCAUGGAGGCCUGUGAGAUUCCAGAUGAUGACAACAGCGCAGCAAUAAUGUACCGGGCCAUAGGGGAUCUACCUAAGCCCAACKGAGACACACUGGCUUUCCUCAUGCUUCAUCUGCAGAGAGUCAUGCAGAGCCCCCUCUGUCAGAUGGACAAGAACAAUUUGUCCAGAGUGUUUGGACCAACCAUUGUUGGACAUGGAAUGGCAGAGCCCUCCCCAAUGACCAUUAUGAGGGACACAAACAUUCAGCCAAUGGUCAUAGGCAGAAUGCUGUCGUUCCCUGCUGAGUACUGGAAACGCCUCAUCAUGGUGGCGAGGGACCAAGUUAUAUCAUCAGUUGUCGACGCCAACAUCAAUAGCGAGAGCCAUAGUACAGACAGAGAUCGUCUGUUUAAACCGCUGACUUCCCCAGAGCUGAGUAAAUACCCCAAGACUCCAACCAGUGGUUCCCUGAAGGGCAGAAUGAAGAAUGCCUUCAACAAUACUAACAGGGCAAAGACUGACCCGGGCAAAAAUAAGUUCUUCACAUCCCCCAACUGAUAUCAUUGGCUUCCAGACUUUAAGUUGGAUUAGUUCUGUGGCAUAGACUGUUGGUAUAUUCAUGAGUAACUAAAGCACUUCACAUUUGGCUAUCUUUUCAGUGUAAAAAUGUUUCGUAUCAUAACAUGGAGUAUAAGGGUUAGAACGGUGUACAUUUUAGGAACCACACUAAUGCAUGAGAAACUUUAAAUAAACUACGUUAUGAAA